AUGGCGGGAUCUGUAUGGAAUAGAAAUAGCUGGCAUUGGGAAGAAAAAAAUUACAAUAAAUGGGGAGAAUCUUAUAUAAAAUCUAAAUUAAUUAAUUUAAAAAUUGAAAAGGAUAAUUUAACUAUUUAUUUUGAUAAUAUAGACAUUUCAGGAAAUACAUGUGUUUCUAUAAGAAAAGGAAAACAGAUUAGUUCUUUUGAAUAUAUUAUUAAAUUUCGUUGGUUAUCAUCGAUGAAAACAGAUAGUAAAGAACAUAGUGGGAAUAUAGAAAUACUUGAUUUUUCCAAUUGCUCAUUGGAAGAUAAUGAUUAUGAAAUAAAUAUAGAAAAGGACUCUGAUAAUGAAAAAUCAAGAAAAAUAUAUGAUAUAUUAAAGAAAGAAGGAAAACAAAAGAUUAAAGAUACUUUAAAAAAUUUUCCUGAAGAUCUUUUAAAGCAUGACAAAAAUGAAUCUAGCAAAGAAUUGAUGAUUAAACAAGCAGAAGAAGAAAAGUUGAAAAAUAUAGAAAUACUAAAUAGGGAUGAAAAGAAGAAUGAAAAUUUAAUAGAAAAUUUAAACAAAGAUAUAAAUUGUGAAAAAAAAGAAGGAUCUAUAUGGAAUAUUAAUAAUUAUCAUUGGGAAGAAAAAUGUUUAACAAAAUGGGCAAAAGAAGAAUUAAAAAAUACAUUAGAAAAUUCUUCUAUAGAAUUAAGUAACAAUAUUUUUUUACAAUUUUUUUAUUCAGAAGUAGAAGGUGAAGCAUCUUCUAGUUUAAGAAAAAAAAAAAAAAUUUUAAUUUAUGAUUUAAAAAUAAAUAGUGAAUGGAAAGCAUAUAAAAAAAAUAAAAAUAAUGAAAUUGAAAUUGAAACAAAAGGGCAUAUAAGUAUUAAUGAAAUAAUUUCUGAUUUUUCUUGUGAUGACGAAAACAAAUAUAAAUAUAGCUUUAUUUUUGAUAAUAAUACACCUGAACAUAAGAAUAUUAAUGAUGUUGUAAAAUCUGAAGGUCCUAAUGAAAUAAAUAAAAUAAUUGAUUUAUUUAUUUCAAAAAUGAAGGAAAAAUAA